AUGGACAAAGAGCUCUUGAAGCAACAAAAAGAGAAAUACAGGCAGUGGUUCCAUAAUCACAAGAAACACAAGGCCAAUACAAAUCCACCAAUGAAGCUCCAAAAGAAAUGGAAGGCUGACAUCCUUCAGCAAAUACAAGAAGAAAUUGAGGAGGAGACCGGGGAGAAGCCUGAGCAGAAAGAAGUUCUCAGGAGGUAUCAACCUAAGAUGAUGGCAAUCAUGAAAGGGCUGGACGACAAUAAGUUGGAGGAAGCCCAGGCUAAGGCUGAUGAGUGGACCAAUCAAGCACCUGAUGCCGCAGUCCAGGCCAAGACGGCAAAGAAGAAGGGCAAAAAUAUGAUCAAGCACUUUGCCAAGGAGAUGUUCAUCAGGAAAAAGGGUUUUUGCCAUUUUUGGCUGUUUAUUCAAAUAGAGACACUAUGGGCUAUAUUUAAAUAUAUGUACGCUAUAUUAACAACUUGA